UAAAUAAAAAUUAUUGUACCAAAAAAUAUUUUCUGUACCUUCUUAAGCGUUUGCAUUGUGAAAAUGUCCAACUACAAUUCAAAUUGCGGCUACUACGAUGACUACAUUGGCUAUUACACUAACACAAAUGUUUAUCAGCAGGAUUACUGCAUGCAACCGGAUUAUGAGUACAACAAACACGACUAUGAUCUCUUCGACGCGAAGGUACCCUCGUCACAACGCUCCUCUGGCUUUCACAUAUCGGACAUACUCAAUUUGGAUGGCAGCGAACUGAAGAAUGGCGUUGUGCCACCACAUGCCGCCGCCGCUGGCCAUCACAGCGAAACUGAUAUUAGUCACAGCAUCCAGCAACACCAGCCCCAUCACGCCAGCCAUCUCACCCAACUUCAUCCCCACCAUCACAACAAUAACAAUAACACCAGCUUACACAACAACAAUAGCAAUAGUAAUGGUGAUGCACACAGUGCACAUUUAACGCCACCAGCGUCAGUAUUAAGCGGCGCAGGUUCUAAUACGUUAACGGUACCCAACGAUGAUCAGACAACUCAACACUCUGCCGGUACUACACCCACACCAGUGGUAACUGGUGGUGGUAACAUAUUGAACGGCACCGAUGGCAAUGGUGGCCAACCGAGCGCCGCUUCGGUAGCGGCAAAUGCACAAGCCACCGCACAUCUCAUCGCUAGUCAUCACAAUGCCGUUGCUGCAGCAGCAGCCGCCGCAGCGGGUCAAUAUUUGCCAAAGAACUUUUCCAGUUUCAGUGAUGAGCUGUCGUCGUAUCAUCAGAUGACGCAUACGGUGUUGGCGCAUCCGGCGCGUAGCGCUUGGAUUAAGGAAAAUGAGCUUUAUGGUAUUCAACAGCCAGCCAGUCCUGACAGUACCUCGCCACACACCUCGGAGGUUUCCUACACCUACAUCGGCUCCAAUUGCCAGACUUCGCCAGCGCUAUCCGGCGACUAUAAGACCUACAGUCGUUCCGCCGAAAGCGAUGCGCUUUCCGUCGGCGAUGCUAAUUCGAUGCACAUGCAACCCCACCCCGGCUCUGCAGCUCACCAACAGCUGCACGCCCACCUCCAGCAGCAGCACAACAAGAGCAUGCCAGGCAGCGCUGGUGGCGGCGGCGGCGGUGCCGACAACACAAGCGCCGGCGGUUCCUCCUCCAAUGCGCACGAUGACAGCCUCAUCGAGGACGGCAUCGAAGAGGAGAUCAUGGACGACGAGAAUGACGAGGAGAAUGGCGGCAAUGGCUCCACCAACGGCGCCGAUGGUAUGCCGAACAAGAAACGCAAGCGUCGCGUACUCUUCACCAAGGCGCAAACCUACGAGUUAGAACGACGUUUCCGCCAGCAACGUUACCUAUCGGCGCCAGAGCGUGAGCACCUCGCCAGUCUAAUACGCCUGACACCAACGCAAGUGAAAAUCUGGUUCCAGAACCACCGCUACAAGACGAAACGCGCACAAAAUGAGAAGGGCGUCUACGAGCAUCACCCCGCCAUGCAUCCCCAUCACGCGGCCGCUCUGCCCUCGCCACGUCGCGUUGCGGUACCGGUGUUGGUGCGCAAUGGAAAACCAUGCCUAGCGGAUGGCACAAAACUGCCGCAGGAUUGCAUGACGCAGCAGAUGCAGAACGCUGCAGCAGCGCAUCACUUGGUGCUGCACGCGAAUGGCGCGGCGGCGUAUCAGCAUGCGGCAGCAGCGGCGGCAGCGGGCUUACACGCAGCGCAUGCGCAUCCACAUCAGCGCCCCUGGUGGCCCUAAUAUUGCUGAGGGCUGAUGGAUAGAAUGUUGUGGAGGC